AUACAAAAGAGGGCGCCUCUCGUCGACCAUAUGAGAGCAAGAGAACGAUUCAUUACUUCCAAUUGUAUUCCAAUUGUAGUUUAUUGAAAUAUUUUAAAGUGCGCUUACAAGAUUAUCUCUGUAAUAAGAGCUUAUCUUCUGAUAAAAAAACUGGUAUUUCAAGAAGUAUCAUUUCGUUAUAAGAAGAGUAACUUAUUGUAUGCCACGUCAAACCUUAAAUAUAUUUUUUCGGUGAUAUGGCGUCACAGGUUUACGAAUUUUGGGUUGAAAUGACAUGUGAGGGAUGCGUUAAUUCUGUUCAAAAUGUGCUUAACAAAAAGGAAGGUGUUAAUGAUAUAAAAGUAAAUUUAGAUAAUAAAAUGGUUUCUGUGAAAACAACAUUAUCUUCCGAUGAGAUAUUACAAGUUAUCAAGAAAACUGGCAAGGAGUGUAGAUUUUUAGGCAUAAAAAAAUAAAUUUGCACAAAUAUUACAAAUAUAACUACACGCAAUAAAAUUUUUACUUUCUCCUGUCUUGCCUAUUAUGCAUUAUUAGGCUAUUGUAAGUAAUUACAAAACUAUUAUACCAAAUUAUAUUUUUUAAAAGAAAUAAUAUUUUGUAUUAUUUUGUGUAUCA